CGCUUCUCCAUCCCACGAACGACAACACAACUUCACAAGGAGACGCACUACGAGACCCUCAGCCACCGCAUAUAAACAACUACUCACCAUGUCGCACUCGAUCGCCUCUGCCCUCUCCGAGAAGGACUCGAACCUACAACCCGCGCAACAAAACAACCCGAAGUCCUCAGCAGCUGGGGAGGAGAACAAGUCUCUGGAUACGGAACAGCACAAGCAGGUGCUCGAGAAGAUUUCGGAGCAGAAUAAACAGCCCGGCACAUAUGUCAGCCCUUCGGAUGCGAUUCUUAGUCCGGCCAGCUCGAAGCUCGCGGGUUUCAAGCAGAGGCAGAUCAACAAGCAAAACAACAACAAGAAUCCAACUGCGCGCUCGCUUUUCUCUCGCACCAUGAGCACUAACAGUACUCUGGAAGAUGCCGAGGAUGCCAGGUCGAAGUAAAUGGGAUGGAGGCCAGGCUGCGCGGGGAGGGUGCCAUGUUUUCAAAUCGGAUACCCAUGGGUUUGAGACUUUGGAAAGCCUCGAUGGCAAGGCGUUUUGGAGUCGGCACGGUUUCAUUGGAAUAGAGAGCCACACUCUUUAACUGGCACAUCCUAUCUGAAUCUCUUU